GUCAUCACUCUGCAUAUAUAAAUGCAAGUUGUUGUAAAUAUAAUUACUAAUUUCCUCUUCCAGUUUCUUGCUUUAUAGUCUUGCAGGCCAAUUAAAAUAAUUAUUGCAAAGAUGAAUCAGGAAAGUUCAUUGCUUCCAUCCCCAGAAAUUAUUCGAUGGAGUUACGAUGUUUUCUUAAGUUUUAAAGGUGAAGAUAUACGCAAAACAUUUGUUGACCAUCUGUAUCUUGCUCUGCAACAAAAGUGCAUUAAUACCUUCAAAGAUGACGAGAAACUAGAGAAAGGAAAGUUCAUUUCACCGGAACUCGAGAGUUCAAUUGAAGAGUCAAGGAUAGCUUUGAUCAUAUUCUCUAAAAACUAUGCUAAUUCAACAUGGUGUUUAGAUGAAUUGACAAAGAUCAUGGAGUGCAAGAAUGUGAAAGGACAAAUUGUUGUUCCGGUGUUCUAUGAUGUAGAUCCAUCAACAGUGAGGAAACAAAAAACGAUAUUUGGAGAAGCAUUUAGCAAACAUGAAGCCCGGUUCCAGGAGGACAAGGUGCAAAAAUGGAGGGCAGCACUGGAGGAAGCAGCUAAUAUUUCUGGCUGGGAUUUGCCAAAUACUGCCAAUGGACAUGAAGCUAGAGUCAUAGAGAAAAUUGCAGAAGAUAUAAUGGCUAGAUUGGGUACUCAGAGACAUGCAAGCAAUGCUAGAAAUCUUGUUGGAAUGGAGUUACACAUGCACCAAGUAUAUAAAAUGCUUGACGUUGGGUCUGGUGGAGUUCGCUUCCUUGGGAUACUGGGAAUGAGUGGAGUGGGGAAGACAACUCUUGCAAGAGUUAUUUGUGAUAACAUUCGGAGUCAAUUUCAAGGUGCAUGUUUUCUUCACGAAGUCAGAGACCGUUCAGCAAAACAGGGACUAGAGCGCUUGCAAGAGAUACUUCUUUCUGAGAUCCUUGGUGUAAAAAAACUAAGGAUCAAUGAUUCGUUUGAAGGAGCUAAUAUGCAAAAACAAAGACUACGGUAUAAAAAGGUUCUUCUUGUUCUGGAUGAUGUUGAUCACAUAGAACAGUUAGACGCAUUAGCCGGGGAGCGUGAAUGGUUUGGUGACGGAAGUAGAAUCAUCAUAACAACCAAAGACAAACACUUGCUUGUUAAGUAUGAGACUGAAAAGAUAUACAGAAUGGGAACUUUAGACAAAUAUGAAAGCUUACAACUUUUUAAACAACAUGCUUUCAAGAAAAACCACCCUACCAAAGAAUUUGAGGAUCUAUCAGCUCAAGUGAUAGAGCAUACUGGUGGACUCCCCCUAGCCCUGAAAGUCCUUGGCAGUUUCUUGUAUGGAAGAGGUUUGGAUGAAUGGAUAAGUGAAGUGGAGCGUUUGAAACAAAUCCCACAAAAUGAAAUUUUGAAGAAACUCGAACCAAGUUUCACUCGUCUCAACAAUAUUGAGCAAAAGAUAUUCUUAGACAUUGCAUGCUUCUUUUCAGGGAAGAACAAAGAUUCAGUGACCAGAAUACUUGAGAGUUUUCAUUUUAGCCCUGUCAUUGGGAUAAAAGUUCUCAUGGAGAAAUGUUUGAUCACUAUAUUAAAAGGUCGCAUUAUAAUACACCAAUUGAUACAAGAAAUGGGCUGGCACAUUGUUCGUCAAGAAGCUUCUUACAAUCCAAGAAUAUGUAGUAGGUUGUGGAAGCGCGAAGAUAUUUGUCCUGUACUCGAACGAAAUUUGGCAACUGACAAGAUUGAAGGCAUAUCGCUGCACCUGACUAAUGAAGAAGAAGUUAAUUUUGGUGGCAAGGCCUUCAUGCAGAUGACCAGUAUGAGGUUUCUCAAAUUCCGGAAUGCAUAUGUUUGCCAGGGACCUGAAUUUCUUCCUGAUGAGUUGAGGUGGCUUGAUUGGCAUGGAUAUCCUUCAAAAAGUCUGCCAAAUAGCUUUAAGGGAGACCAACUUGUUAGUUUGAAAUUGAAAAAAAGCCGCAUCAUACAACUUUGGAAAACCUCAAAGGAUCUAGGAAAACUGAAGUACAUGAACCUUAGCCAUUCACAGAAGCUAAUAAGGAUGCCAGAUUUUUCAGUUAUGCCUAAUCUUGAAAGGCUGGUUCUUGAAGAAUGCACAAGUUUGGUAGAAAUCAAUUUUUCUAUUGGAGAUCUUGGAAAGCUAGUCUUGCUGAAUCUGAAGAACUGCAGAAAUUUGAAGACCAUACCAAAGAGAAUUCGCUUGGAAAAGCUUGAAAUUCUCGUUCUUUCAGGCUGCUCAAAGUUAAGAACAUUCCCGGAAAUAGAAGAGAAAAUGAAUCGUUUAGCAGAACUGUAUUUGGGCGCGACUGCUUUGAGUGAACUACCUGCAUCAGUUGAGAACUUUUCAGGAGUUGGUGUAAUAAAUCUAAGUUACUGCAAGCAUCUUGAGAGUCUACCUAGCAGUAUUUUUAGGUUGAAAUGUCUGAAGACACUCGAUGUGUCUGGAUGCUCAAAACUUAAAAAUUUACCAGAUGAUUUGGGACUUUUAGUUGGUUUAGAGGAGCUCCACUGCACUCACACAGCCAUCCAAACAAUUCCAUCCUCUAUGUCUCUUCUUAAAAACCUUAAACAUUUAUAUCUCCGUGGAUGUACUGCUUUGAGUUCACAAGUAAAUAGCUCAAGUUGUGGCCAGAAGUCUAUGGGUGUAAAUUUUCAGAAUUUGUCGGGUCUUUGUUCAUUGAUCAUGUUGGAUCUUAGUGACUGCAAAAUUUCAGAUGGAGGCAUUUUAAGUAAUCUUGGGUUCUUACCGUCUUUGGAGGGAUUGAUUCUCGAUGGUAACAAUUUUUCCAAUAUUGCGGCUUCAAGCAUAAGUCGUCUCACUCGACUUAUAGCCCUUGCAUUGGCUGGUUGUAGGAGACUUGAGAGUUUACCGGAACUUCCUCCAAGUAUAAAAAAGAUAUAUGCUGAUGAAUGCACGUCUUUGAUGAGCAUUGAUCAGCUAACCAAAUAUCCAAUGUUGCAUAGACUUUCAUUCACAAAAUGUCAUCAACUUGUAAAAAAUAAACAACACGCCUCCAUGGUUGAUUCAUUGUUGAAGCAGAUGCACAAGGGACUAUACAUGAAUGGCUCAUUUAGUAUGUGCUUCCCUGGUGUGGAGAUUCCCGAGUGGUUUACAUACAAGAACUCGGGGACUGAAUCAAUCUCAGUGGCCCUGCCCAAAAAUUGGUACACACCCACAUUCAGGGGGAUAACUAUUUGUGUUGUUUUUGACAUGAUGACUCCUUUCAUUUACCGGAAAUAUAAGUCGGAUGAUGCCUUCAGUAUUCUUAAUGUCAAAUGCCUAAAAAAAUUCCAAGGACUUGUGAUGGGGUUUAGGUUCACAACCCAUGACGGUUUUUCACGCAGAUUUGGCAAGUGUGUAGGCUCAAUAGGAAGUGAAAAACCUGUUGGUUUAGAUAAUACUUACCUAGCCCAUGUACCAUUUCAUCAGUAUCCGAAGUAUGAUGAUAAUUACAUUUUUAAUGACUUCAUUCAGCUUGAGGUUCGUGUCGGUUCUGGUAUCAUUCAUCCGGAUUUAGUGGUCAAAGGUUUGGGAGCGCGUCUUGUGUAUGAGAAUUGAUGGCAAGAGGGAAAGAAAUGAUGCCAAAAGUUUUCUUACGCUUGGAAUAAGCUGAAAUGCAUAUGAAUCUGUUCAAAACUUUAUUAUAAGUGGGUUUUGUUCUUACUGUUUCAUUUAUUUGUUUCUUGUAAUUUGCUUAAUUAUCAAAUUAUAAACCAUUUAAGCACCACCUCAUUGACAUAUUGACUACAAG